AUGGCAUACAUUGUACCCAUCCACAAGCCGAGCAGCGUUCGCCAUGCCCUCAAACUCAACUUCCUCACUGCAGACGAGGACUGCUUGGUAGUCGCCAGAGCGAACAGACUCGAGUUCUACUCCCAGACCACCGAUGGACUGGCGCUCCAGCACUCCAAAGCCAUAUAUGGCAAGGUCACCAUGCUUCAGAAGCUCCGCCCAGCACUGUCACAGACCGAUCACCUCUUUGUCGGAACCGAUCGGUUUACAUACUUCACCCUGUCGUGGAACCCCGAGAAGAAGCAAUUGCAGACCGAAAAGUCGUUCGAGAGUGUUGCCGACAAUGCGGCUAGAGAGUCGCAGACUGGGGAGAGAUGUCACGUUGACCCCACCGGACGACUCAUGACGGUUGAGGUGUACGAGGGCAUCAUCACUGUCAUACCUCUAGUACAGAGAGGCAAAAAGAGGAAGCAAGCUGGACAAUCGGACAUCGCCCAUCUCGGAGAGCCCGUGCCUGUCAGGUUGGCCGAGAUGUUUGUCCGCUCAUCAGCCUUCCUUCGGCCGUCAUCAAUCGACGAGAACCCCAAAAUCGCCUUACUCUACGAAGACACACACUCCCAGGUCAAGCUCAAGGUCCGAGAAAUAAAGCAUAGCGGAGACGAGGUUGAGCUAGAAGAAGGUGAUGUUUGCAAAGCAGACAUAGAGCUUGGUUCCAGCCAUCUAAUACCAGUGGAGGAGCCGUCACAUGGCUUGAUAGUAAUUGGCGAGACGUCCAUUGGAUACUACAACGAUGUCUCUGGCGAGCUACAGACCGAGCCGUUGGAGGAAGCCACGAUUUUUGUCGCCUGGGAGAGAGUUGACUCGCAGCGCUUCGUUCUCGCCGACGAUUAUGGACGCUUAUAUCUCUUCAUGCUUAUUCUGGACGAAAAGAAUCGAGUCCAGUCAUGGAAACUCGAUGUCAUUGGCCAGACCUCACGGGCGUCUGUGCUGGUCUACUUAGACGCCGGAUACGUUUUCGUUGGCUCCCAUCAAGGCGAUUCCCAGGUUAUUAGGAUUGCCGAGAAGUCAAUGGAGAUUGUGCAGACCUUUUCCAACAUUGCUCCGGUACUCGACUUCACCAUCAUGGACAUGGGUAACAGGUCAGGCGAGGGACAAACAAACGAGUAUUCCUCUGGCCAGGCUCGAAUUGUCACUGGCAGCGGCGCCUAUCAAGAUGGCAGCCUCCGAAGUGUUCGCAGUGGUGUAGGGCUGGAAGACGUUGGCCUCCUCGGCGAGAUGGAACACAUUUCCAAUCUUUUCAGCUUGAAGUCAAACCCUGCAUCUGACCAUGUCGACACACUCAUGGUCACUUUUGUUAAUGAGUCGCGCAUCUUCAAAUUCGAUCCUCAGGGUGAGGUCGAAGAAUUUGAAGAAUUUGCUUCGCUCGCCCUCGAUGAACCCACGCUCGCUGCAGCCAACAUCUCCCAAGGACGAGUUGUGCAAGUAACUAACGGGAGAGCUCGAAUCUGCGAUCUGGACGGCGGCAUGGUGCAGUCGGAAUGGAUGCCCUUUGGUGGUCAGCAAAUCACAGCAGCGGCCAUCAAUGACAGCCACGUUCUGGUUUCUUUGGGUGGUGUCACAGUGGUUUCUCUCACAUUACUAGCUCCACCACAUCGUGUAGGACCAUCGAUGGCGGAUGGCGGUCUCCAGGUGAUCAAAGAGAAAACAUUUGGAACGGAGAGUCAAGUUGCUUGCGUCGCACUACCAUCUGGCUCGAGUCCAGUGUGUUUCAUUGGAUUCUGGAAAGAAUCCGGUCUUGCCAUCUGCUCAUUGGACACACUGGAACCCGUCAAGACCGUUCAGAUUUCAGAAGAUUCAGUCCCACGAUCGUUACUACUCACGCAAAUCUUCCCUGGGCAACCACCCACUUUGUUCGCUGCGUUGGCAGAUGGAAACGUUGUGACAUAUUCGUUCGACCCGUCUACCAACGAGCUGUCCGGGCGAAAGAGUAUCGUGCUUGGGACACGCGAGGCCACAUUCUGUGCUUUGCCUCGUGGUGACGGUCUCUUCAACGUAUUCGCAACGUGUGAGCAUCCCUCGUUGAUCUACGCGUCGGAAGGUCGUCUGGUCUACUCUGCAGUCACAGCUGAGAAAGCAACAACGGUGUGCCCACUCGACUCGGAAGCUUAUCCUGGCUCUGUAGCCAUUGCAACAUCAGGGGACCUUCGGAUAGCCCUCGUUGACACCGAAAGGACGACUCACAUCCAAACACUCAAGGUCGACGAGACCGUUCGCCGAAUAGCAUAUUCGUCAAACCUCAAAGCCUUCGGUCUCGGCACCAUAAAGCGUGUUCUUAAGGGUGGAGAGGAAUUCAUGAUAAGCCACUUCAAGCUCGUUGACGAGAUCCAGUUCAAAGAGCUCGACACUUACCCACUGAACGAAGAGGAGCUUCUGGAAUGUGUAAUUCGCUGCUCCCUCCCUGACGGUUCUGGCGGAAUGGCCGAACGCUUCAUACUCGGCACCGCCUACCUCGAUGAACAACAAGCGACCGAAGAGCGCGGGCGCAUCCUCGUCCUCGAAGUAACGCCUGAGCGCUCUCUUAAACUUGUUACCUCGCUCGCUGUCAAGGGUGGCUGUCGCUGCCUCGCAAUCUGCGAUGGCAAGAUAGUCGCAGCACUAAUCAAGACCAUCGUAGUAUACAACCUCGAAUUUCGAACUCAAUCGAAACCGGACCUCGUCAAAGCCGCAACCUUCCGCUGUUCAACAGCACCCAUCGAUAUCACCGUCAAUGGCAACGUAAUCGCAAUAGCCGACCUGAUGAAAUCGCUUGUCAUCGUAGAAUACAAACGUGGCGAAGAUGGGCUCAGUGACAAACUCGCCGAAGUCGCGCGCCAUUACCAGACAACAUGGGCCACAGCCGUUGCCGAAGUAGACGCGAACACAUACCUUGAGAGCGAUGCGGAAGGUAACCUGGCAGUCCUAGAGCGCAACCCCGAGGGCGUAACAGACGAUGACAAGAAGAGGCUGCAGUGCACAUCGGAGCUUUUGCUUGGUGAGAUGGUAAACAAGAUACGCAGGAUCGACGUCAUGGCGCAGGCCGAUGCCGUCGUUGUACCGCGAGCUUUUAUGGGAACUGUGGAAGGGUCAAUCUACCUCUUUGGGCUGAUCCAACCCGCAUACCUCCACCUUCUCAUGGCCCUGCAGAGCCAGCUAGGCAAACUAGUGCCUGCACCAGGCAACAUGGAUAUUGCACGGUACCGAGCUUUCAAAAACCAAGUCCGGGAGUCCGAGGAGCCGUAUCGCUUCGUAGACGGCGAGCUGGUCGAGAAAUUCCUGGACCUGAGUGAGGAAGAUCAGAAGAAAGCAUGUAGCGAAUUGGAGGGCGAUGUUGAGGAGGUAAAGGCGUUGGUUGAGGGACUGCGACGGCUGCAUUAG